AUGUGCGGAAAACUGCCAAGAGGCCAAAGCGCGAUCGGCACCAAGUGGGUGUUAAAGAUCGAGCGCAAAGCGAAUGAAUCAAUCGAAAAUUACAAGGCGCGCCUUGUUGCCAAGGGCUAUAAGCAGAAGUACGGCAUUAAGUACACGGAGACGUUCCCGUCCGUGGUGAAGUAUGUGACACUGCGUAUGGUGAUCGCGAUAACCAAGUACUUCGACUGGCCACUGGACUAA